AUGCCAGCCGCCGAUGACCUCAACCCGGAGACCGUCCCCAAUGGCCCCAAGGAGAACCCGGAGCAGUACAAGCCAGAGCUCAGCCGUUCGCCACCAGGAGACUUCAUGCGGCCAGCCGUGCGCACGAGAGGCAAGUCAAGCUCAAAGACUAACGGCGUUGGUGUUCAGGUCGAAGACACGCGGAUAUGUGUGGUCAUGGUGGGCCUGCCCGCUCGUGGCAAGAGUCUGAUUGCGCAGAAAGUCGUCCGCUACCUCGGCUGGCUUAGUAUCUCAGCCAAAUGCUUCAACGUGGGCUCCUACCGCCGCACCAACACACCCCAGCCCAACGCCUCCUUCUUCGACACCUCCAACAAAGAAGGCGAGCGCCUGCGCAGAGCCGCCGCCGAAGCCGCCGUCACGGACAUGGUCAAAUGGUUCAAGUCCCCCGGCAACCUCAUCGCGAUCCUCGACGCCACCAACAGCACCAAAGACCGCCGUAGGUGGAUCAAAGACCGCUGCGACUCUGAAGGCAUCGAGACGCUGUUCGUCGAAUCCAAAUGUGAUGAGGAAGAUCUUAUUAUGAGCAACAUCAUUGAGGUGAAGACGACCAGCCCCGAUUACUCCGGCCAGGACCCGGAGGCGGCGGCGAAGGAUUUCCGUGAGAGGAUUCGCAUGUAUGAGCGGGUGUAUGAGACGUUGGAUGAGGAUGAAGCGGACUUGACGUAUUGCAAGAUCAUCAAUGUCGGUGAGCAGGUCAUCAUCAAUCGCAUUCAGGACUAUCUGCAGUCAAGGGUGGUGUAUUAUCUGAUGAACCUGCACAUCAAGCCGCGCUCCAUCUGGAUCAGUCGUCACGGCGAAUCCAUGUUCAACGUCACGGGCCAAAUCGGCGGCGACGCCAACCUCUCCCCCCGCGGCCAACGCUACGCCGAGGAACUGCCCCGCCUCGUCCGCAACUCCGCCGGCGACACGCCCCUCACCGUCUGGACCUCGACCCUCAAACGCACGGCGCAAACCGCGCACCACCUCCCCUACGAAAAGCUCUCAUGGAAAGCGCUCGACGAGCUCGACUCCGGCGUCUGCGACGGCCUCACCUACGCCGAAAUCGAGCAGCGCUACCCCUCCGACUUCGCUGCCCGCGACGCCGACAAGUACAACUACCGCUACCUCGGCGGGGAGUCGUACCGGGACGUCGUCAUCCGGCUCGAGCCCAUCAUCAUGGAGCUGGAGCGCAGCGAGAAUAUUCUUAUUGUAACGCAUCAGGCGGUGCUGAGGUGUAUUUAUGCGUAUUUCAUGGGCAGUUCGCAGGAGCAGAGUCCGUGGAUGGAGGUGCCGUUGCAUACGCUGAUACGGCUGACGCCGCGGGCGUAUAAGACGGAGGAGGAGCGGAUGUAUGCCGAUGUGCCGGCGGUGAGUACGUGGCGGGGGAAGGGGAGUAAGGCGGCGCAUGCGGAUACGCCGGAGAGUUCGAGGCGGGGGAGUCCGGCGAUGCUGGGGCAGGUGAAGGAGGGGUUGUAG